ACCCCGCUUCACUUGAAGCUUUUAAUUCCGAUUCCCACUCAUAAAAUUGCAUAUUCGACAAACCCUUUUAAUUGAAACAAAAGCACCACCACCACCACCACCACCACCACCGCCACUACUGCUACAACCCAACAGAUAAAAGAAAAGAAAAGAAUAGAAUAGAAUAGAAUGAUGUUCGAAGAAUCUGCAAUAGCUGCUGCUGCUGCGUCGUCGUCUUCGCUAUGGGGCUCCAUCACCAGCUGGUUCACUCCCACUGUCCUUUUCCUCCUCCUCAAUCUCAUGAUUGCCGCCAUUGCCCUCAUCUCCCACACCCACACCCACACCCAACUCCACCCUCCUCAAGAUCACCUCAAGAUUGCCCGAUCGCCCUCCAUUCUUCAACGUCUCAAAUCCAUCAAUUUUUACAGAUCCCACCCUCAAGACCCACCCCCAACAUUCUUGUCGCCGCCUUCUCAACCCAAUCCCAAUCCCAAUCAGAACAAGAAUCUUCCAACCCACCUCUUUGGUGGAUCAGCAGACGAUGAUGAUUCUCAGGCGACACCUCUGCCAGAAGCAGAUUCUUACAUCCACGAACAAGAUCAUUUCGAUUUCGACCCCAAAGAUUCGAUCUUGGAUGGAGAGAAUGACAAUCAGGAGCUUCAGAGCAUGGACGAAAUUUACAGCCGGCUGAGCAAAGGGACGCACUUUGGGAGGACCAAAUCCGACACGGAACCGGCCUCGGGAGCGAACCGGGUUCAGAACACCGCCCGGAAUCGGAUGAGAAAGUCGGUGAGUAUGAAGGCUGCGGCGGCGUUCGAAGAGACUGCCUCUGCAGUGGAGGCGAGACGUCCGGCGACGGCGAGGGAGAGAGUGCUGGCUAAGGUCACCGACUGCGACGAAGAGGUCGAUGCGAAGGCCGAUCACUUUAUCGAAAAGUUCAAGCAGCAGCUGAAGCUUCAACGGCUCGAUUCCAUUCUCAGGUACAAGGACAAGAUACGGCGGGGCUUCGGGGGGCGGUAGGGCGGCCGGCUGCCGGCCAAUUUUUUUCCGGCGGGGUUAAUUGUCGGGAUUUGAUUUGACUGUGGGUGGAUUGUGAUAAUAGUUGGAUUUGGAGGGACUUGGGUUGCAAAUAAGUUGGGUAGGUUUGGAUGUGAACCAACAACACCCAUGCCCAUGUGUUGGUUGGUUGAAGUUCGGUUGAUGAUUGGGAGGGGCAAUUUGGUCUUUUUCGUUUCAUUAGUGAGUUUUAUUAUUGAAAUGAUUGGACUGGACUAGCGUGUACUUGGCUUUGGGAUUGACUGGAGAGUCCUUUCUGUUCA